AUGUUAAACCGUUUCUUACAAACUAUUCUACUAAUAACUAUCUUGUUUUUAGUAGCUGGAAAUGUAAAGAUGGUAGUUGGUCAAUGUCCACAUCAACAAUCUGGCUUGAAAAUGUUUUCUUCGAUUGCUGAUUGGAACAAGGUCAAUUCUACCAUUACCAUUUCACAAAAUACGCUUUUGGAUAAGUCACCUGGUGUUUUGUUGUAUGGAAUUAUUGUCCAACAAAAUGCAAGCUUGAUAUUUAACAAUGUCAAUUUAAAUUUGACUCUCCAAUUUAUUAGAGUUGACAAGGGAGGUAAAUUGAUUGCUGGCAGCUCUAGUUGUCCAAUUACUGGUAAAAUUGUGGUUACUUUCUAUGGAAAUAGAACUGCUUCCAAUAUUAUUGGAAUUGAUCCAUUUGAUGGAAGUAGUGGUGGAGCCAAAGGUCUUGCUGCCAUGUCAGGUUCUUUCAUUCAAAUCGUUGGUUCUGUUGAUGGUUUAUCUUGGGUAGAAUUGGCUGAAAGUGCCGUCAAAGGAACAACCAUUAUCAAGACUCGUUCUCCAACCAAUUGGAAAGUUGGCGAUUCCAUCUUAUUGACCUCGACAGAUUACGGAGAACUUCUAGAUAAAACUAAAGUCACCCUUCCAACUUGGCGAGUUGGUGUUCCAUUUCCUGAUCAGAGUGAGGAAAGAACCAUUGUUUCAAUUAUUAACUCGACUACUUUUAUAGUCAACCAAACACUCUUGUUCACUCACUAUGCAAGUGGAGUUACAAGAGGAGAAGUUGCCAAACUCAAUAGGAAUAUUGUGUUUGAAGGGGAUGUAUCCAGUGCUUCUUCUUCAUUUGGUGGUCAUGUUAUCAUUCGUCUUGUUGAACAAUUCGAAAUGGUUGGUGUGGAAUUGAGACGAAUGGGACAAAAGGGUUUAAUGGGACGUUAUUCAAUUCACUUUCACUUAUUAGGAGAUAAGGCAUUGAACUCUACUGUCAAACCUUUUAUUCUAAAGGAUAACAGUAUUUAUAAUUCUUAUCAAAGAUGUAUCACUGUUCAUGAUUCAAAUUAUAUUCAAAUUGAGAAUAAUGUUUGUUAUAAUAUCAAUGGACAUGCCUUUUUCUUGGAAAAUGGAUCAGAAAUGUACAACUUGUUCAAAAAUAAUUUGGGAGCUAAAGUUUUACCAAUUAUCGAUUCAGACCCGCUUCAAAUAAUACCUACAGAUAACGAUGUAUCAGUUUUCUGGAUUACCAAUGCAAUGAAUUAUUUUGAGGGAAACAGAGCUAUUGGUGGUAAAUUUGGCUAUUGGUUUUCACUUCCAGAGUAUGCUAUCGGUCUAGUUCAAGAUAAAUAUGCCAAUACCACAUUGAUUAGACCUAGAAUGCUUCCACUUGGUUCAUUCAAGAAUAACGUUGUUCACUCUGCUAAUCAUGUCGGUCUUCACAUUGAUGACUUUGUAGAUGUCAAUGGAUUUCCUGAAAAUGACACCUGGGUUCCUGUAGAACCUCCUUAUCCAGUUCGUGGCUCAAAAAGUAAACCCAUCGUUGAAAGCAUUAUUGAAAACUUUGUUGCUUUCAAAAUUAGAAAGUGGGCUUUGUGGUUGAGAGCAGACACAAUUACUUUGAGAAAUAUGUUUGUUGGUGACUCUAGAAUUGGUAUUGAUGUCGCUGGUGAACCAAGUGUUGUGGAAGAUUCAGUAUUUGAGGCGGAAAGUGAUAAUGUAGGCGAGACUUACAGAGCUGGCAUUGAUGUUUCACGUUCCUAUCCUGGUUUCUUCUCUAACACUGAGGAGUUUAAGGCAUAUGAGUUUUAUGAUAAUGGAGGACCUUCCUACGUAAGAAAUACCGUAUUUAGAAAUUACAAGUCCAAUUCGUAUAGAAAGGCAGGAGCUAUUACAAACUUGUCAAAUGCUAAUUUCAAAUACGAAACUGGAGGAAGAUUGAGAAAUUUGACUUUUGUAAAUUCAAACAGUGCAUUCUACUUGGAAGCACCUACAGAUGGUAAUAGAGGUAUGACUGUUUUGGAUACUGAUGGAAGUAAGACAGGAUUCACCGGAGGGGGAUGGUCAGUUUCUAAUAAUUCUUUCUUGACUGUUCCAGGUUGUAAUGCUCAACCAGAUUGGAAUAGUUAUAAUUGUCCUGUCUUUAAAGAAGGUUACGGUGCUUUAACUCUUGUCAAUUAUGCAGGUUUCUCAACUAGUUCACCUCUUGGAAGUGAUCCCAACCUUAACAAGUUGACUGUUAAAAUGCCAAGACUUUUCAUUCACGAUACUUCUAAUCCUGGUAAAUAUGAUCAAGUACAUGGAUGGAAUAUGGGAACAAGAGGUUUCUGGAUGGAUUCUAAUUUAGUUUUGAAGAAUGUUUAUGUAUUGAGAUGGGCCUUAAAUAUUGGAACUCCAAAUGACUUGCAAUAUUAUUUGAGAUCGAUUGCAAAUAAUGAUUGGAUUGUAUUAGCUGUUCAAUAUCCAAGAACUGCCGUUCUCGAUAUCAGAUAUGAAACAGCAUCAAUGAGUCAGAGAGCAUUGCCUCGUGUCAAUUCUAUUGACGAUUUAAUGGUCAACCCAAAUUCUUAUUUCUAUGAAAAUCAAACUGAACAUUUAUUCUUGCAUUUUAAGAACACUGGUGGAAGAACUGCCUUUGCUGAAUAUUAUGAUGAAUAUUCUCUAUAUACUGGUUAUUCCACCAAGUUUUCAAUCACUGCCACAUGUCCAAAUAAUAAUUGUCAAGUCUAUAAUUGGGAUUUCCCAACCGCAAGCAUUGAUAGAAUCAAAAAGGUAACUCUUGAAGAAAGAUUCUCUGGAAUUUUACAACCUUGCCAAGUAAGCUCAAGCAUGAUCAAUGCUGGAGGAAACGGUAAAGUUCUUGCUGGCUUAUUAGCAAAUAAGAGAACAGUUGAUUUUACAGUUUAUCAUGAUCUAUCUCAUUUAGCAACUCAAAUUCAAGUUGGAAUUGGUAAAAUUGGUGAAAUUGUCAGAUUUUUACAAGAACCAUCAAUUUAUCCAAGUCCUUAUUCAGUUUCAAGAUUUUCAAUGGAUUUUUCAUAUGAUGAAAUUAUCUCACUUUUGAAGGGAGAAGUUUUCGUCUUGUUGAGAACAAGUACUAAUCCAAAUGGUCAUUUGAGAGCCCAAUUAUUUUGUAACAAUGGUAUUACUCAAUUUGGUACACCAAGAUGUUCACUUCCUAUUUCAAUUUCUGCCAGUCAACCAUGUGGAGCUAUUUCUUCUGAUGACAUGUUCAAGUUCUACAGUGAAUCGACUGAUAUCUCAACUCAAACUGGAUGGGUUUUACAAACUGUAGCCAAACAAGAUGUUCCACUAGCUCAGAAAGAUUACUCAACCGCAGCAAUUUGUGGAAGUACAAGUAUUAGAUUUGGAAUGGGAAUGGGUAAAGUUCAGAUUACUAAAAGUUAUACUAAAGGAGGCCCUGUUCAAUUAAUUGACCUUUCUAAAUUUAGAUAUUUCGAAUUCUUUAUCCAAUCCAUUUCUGAAGGUCAAUUAAAUUUGAAUAUUUUCUUUUCUGAAAUUAAGAAUACUGCAUUCACUGAUAUUCCAGCAAUUUACAUUGAUCCAAAGUAUAUUCAACAUUUCAAGAUUGAUCACACAAGAGUAACUCGUGUCAGAAUUCCAGUUAGUGACAUUCCUUUCACAAAUCAAACAGGUUUGAACUCAAUUCAAAGAGUAACCUUUAUGCAAAAACCAGUUGAUGACAUCACAUUGGAUUAUAGAGAGUUUAUUAUGGAUGAUGUUCGUUUCAUUACUGAAUCAUAUGCCCAAAUGACAGAUGCCAACUUGACAUCAAGUCCAAUUUUACCUUCUGACAUUUCAGGUUUUCAAUCUGUUUGUGGUGAUUCAGUUUCUGAUCCAGAUAUUGAUGCUCUCCAUCAACGAAUUUACGAACCACCAUUCUGUGCUCAAUCUUGCAAUGGUAAUGGCAACUGUACAGCUCCUUUCACAUGUCAAUGCAACCAAGGAUGGAUUGGUGAAACUUGUAACACUCCAAUCUGUUCCCUGAAUUGUACCAAUCGAGGUCAAUGCAUAUCUCCUGAUACUUGUCUAUGUAACUCUGGUUAUGGAGCUACUCAAUGUUCCUUACCAAUUUGUUAUGGAAAAAUUGUAAGUGGAUUAGUUUGUAGUGGAGUUGGUAAUUGUACUAGUCCAGAUACAUGUGCUUGUCCUCUAGGAAGAAUUGGAAAUGAAUGUGAAACGACAGAAUUCGUUUGUUUUGGUUAUGGAGCUUCGAAUCCAUUGGUUUGUUCGAAACAUGGAAUUUGCAUUACUGAUGGAAAGUGUUCGUGUAAUGAGGGAUGGAAAGGAACAAAAUGUGCUACUAAGGCCUAA